UGAACCCGCUGUCAGUUAGCGCGCCCGUUGGCACGGGAAAGAUUGAAAGUGACACGCAGAUUGUUUUGCGCGAAAUUGUGACUGUUCUAUCGAGAUUUCUUCAGUUAACACCUUCUCUUUGUCGCAGACAUUUUGAUUUCGGUCUGUUUUGCUUGAGCGACUUGGUUGUUUUGCCUGUUGUUCACUUGAACAUUUUCCUUAUGAUGCGUUUUGCGUUUUCCUUGUUCCCGCCGGUGAAGAAGCCACGAGUUCAGAAGAGGACCGAUUUGUGGCUCGGUCGUGUCUAACCGGGGACGACAGGACACAACGUGCGAUCAAACGACUCCAACUGGCCGGUUGACAAGUUUAUCUGCCCCGCGAGACGCAGCGGCUCGAGCUCCAGCAAGAUCCCCGCGCACUCAGCAAGCAAACCUCGACGCACUGGUCUCGAGCGAAAGAGACACACACUCUCUCUCUCUCUCUCUCUCUCUCUUUCUCUCUCUCUCUCUGAGGCGAACACCACUCUCACACAGACAAUAAACCAACGCACAUUGUCUACCUUUGUCUCCCAUCUCUCUCGGACUCGCUCACAUCCAGCGCUUGGGGCACGAAGUUGUGUCCACCAGCACAGACUCCAGCGGAUCUCUGCCGGUCGUGGACCCGACGCAGCCCAGCCCUGGAUUCAAUAAUUUUAAUCAAUGGACAGAGCCUCCUCAACGGCCAGCAGAGGUACAGACACCCCAUAAACAGCCCUUACCCUCUGGCAGUAGCCCCCCCUGGUGGUUGGAGGGGGAUGGAGCGUGGUGGCGGGGAGAGCCCCCGCAUGCAGGACAGUCCUGAGCGGGAGCGGCGGGGGAGCAGCCCGGACUUCAGUGGACCCCCGCCAGGGAAGAUGGGGCGUUUGGAGCUCAAUGGGAGCCCCACUGGGCCACGCCUCCUACGCCACAACGGCCACCCACACAGACCUCUGGGAGGUCUGAUGAUCCCAGUGUUCUGUGUGGUAGAGCAGGCAGGGUCUGACGGAGGGAUGCAGCGUGAACGAGAGCGUGAGGAGGUGGAGAGGAAGGAGGGACAUAGAGAGGAGCAUGCUGAGUUUGUCCUGGUCAGGAAAGAUAUCCUCUUCAACCAGCUGGUGGAGACAGCCCUGCUGGCCCUGGGGUACUCCCACAGCUCAGCAGCUCAGGCCCAUGGCAUCAUCAAGGUGGGUCGUUGGAACCCUCUGCCCAUUCACUUCCUAUCAGAUGCUCCUGAAGCCACGGUGGCUGAUAUGUUGCUGGAUGUCUAUCACAUGGUCACCCUCCGCAUUCAGCUACAGAGCUUUGCCAAGUUGGAGGACCUUCCGUCAGAGCAGUGGAACCACGCCACGGUGAGGAACGCCCUCAAGGAGCUUCUCAAGGAGAUGAACCAGAGCACACUGGCCAAGGAGUGCCCCCUCUCACAGAGUAUGAUUUCCUCAAUAGUAAACAGCUCCUACUAUGCCAAUGUCUCCACUGCCAAAUGCCAGGAAUUUGGACGCUGGUACAAGAAGUACAAGAAAAUCAAAGGAGAUUAUCUGGAGAAGAUGUGGCCAGGAAGAGAUAAUUCAGAAAUCAAAGUGGAGAGAGACAGCCUGGCAGACUUCUGUGUCAUGGGCCAUCGUCCCCCUCCCCACCUGGCCCAGCUCAGCCACCUUGGAGGGGGUGGAGGUACCCUCCUCAAGGGUGGAUCUGGAGACCCCCACAACCCCUCCCAACCCCCACAACAACAACCCCAACAACAACACCCUCCCUCGCCCCACGGCCAGCUCCACCACAGCCCCCCUCUGCGUGGCCAGAUCCCCCCUCCCGGCCCUCCAGCCUCCCUUCAGCCUCUCCUUGGCCCAGGCGGGCUUCUCUCCCCCCAGCUUAGCCCUCAGCUUGUCCGACAGCAGCUAGCCAUGGCUCACCUCAUCAACCAGCAGCUCGCUGUUAACCGCCUGCUAGCCCACCAGCACCCACAGGCCCUCAACCAGCAGUUCCUCAACCACCCUCCCAUCCCUCGGCCCUCCAAGGCAGGGGGCCCUGGGGACCCCGGGAACAACCCGUCUGCUGCGGAAGUCUCCACUGAUAUCUACCAGCACGUCAGGGACGAACUGAAGAGAGCUAGCGUCUCACAGGCUGUGUUCGCUCGCGUGGCUUUCAACAGAACACAGGGCCUGCUGUCGGAGAUCCUGCGGAAGGAGGAGGACCCUCGCUCUGCCUCUCAGUCCCUGCUGGUCAACCUCAAAGCCAUGCAGAACUUCCUCAACCUCCCUGAGGGGGAGAGAGACCGUAUUUACCAGGAGGAGCGUGAGCGCAGCAUGAACCCCCCUGUCGGCCUGCCCCCUACCCCUAGCUCCAGCCCCGGGGGCCCCCGCCUCUCACAGGACGUAUUUAGACCGACCAUCACUAACCAUGUCCCAUGCCACCUCAUGCAGAAGGUGUGGGAGAGAGGUCUGGACGAACAGCUCACUCCUGACGCCUGGGCUUCUAUCUGGAAGAAUAAGACUAAAAUCUCCAACUCGCCCAAGCCGCCAUGCCUCAACCCAGACCUGCCCCUGAAGCUGGAGUCUCUGGUCAACAUCACGUCAGGUAUCUAUGAUGAGAUCCAGCAGGAGAUGAAGAGAGCGAAGGUGUCUCAGGCGCUGUUCGCCAAGGUGGCUGCCAACAAGAGCCAGGGCUGGCUGUGUGAGUUGCUGCGGUGGAAGGAGAACCCUAGCCCAGAGAACCGUACUCUGUGGGAGAAUCUGUGUACCAUCCGGAGGUUCCUGACCCUGCUCCAGACAGACAGAGACCUGGUGUAUGAAGAGGAGUCCAGGCACCACCACAGUGAGAGGCUGCAUACUGUACUACACCUGCCCCAAGAACCACAGCUGUACCUGCUUUCUCACCAGGCACUGCACAGACAACCCCCACAACCCCUGAAGGACCACUCCCCGAUGCGCGAGGACCCCAUGCCCCUCCAGCGUAACGAUGAAGAGUCCCCGAAUGUUGAAAGAGUCAGUUCAGGAGUCGGUGGUGGCGUGGUCAUUAAGAAGCCUCGGUCGCGCACUAAGAUCUCUCUAGAGGCCCUGGGCAUCCUGCAGAGCUUCAUCCAGGACGUGGGUCUUUACCCGGACCAAGAGGCCAUCCACACUCUGUCAGCCCAGCUGGACCUGCCCAAGCACACCAUCAUCAAGUUUUUCCAGAACCAGCGCUACCACGUCAAGCAUCACGGCCGGCUGAAGGAGCUGGGGGAGGGGGGCGGUGGUGUGGACGUCAGCGAAUACAGAGACGAGGAGCUCCUCUCCAGCUCAGAGGACCCUGAGUCCAGCGAAGACGGUCAUGAGGAGAUGUACCCCACUACAGAGAGGGAAAGAAGGGGAAGCAACCCAGCAGGGUCAGCCCCUGCCCUGGCACCAGCCCAGCCUUCAGGGACCAGCAUGGGGGCCAUGGAGGAGGGCAAGGACAAGGGGCAUUCUCAUGGUCUGAGUGGGGGCCGAGCCAGCUCCCUGCCCCCUGGUAGCUCCUCAUCCAGCCCCAGAGAGCAGGCUGACUUCCAGAGAUAGAGACCCAGAGACCAGAGGAGAUGCAGAAAGAGAGCGAGAUCCAGACAGACAGACAGACAGACAGACAGACAGACAGACAGACAGACAGACAGAC